GCGUGACAGCUUUUCAUUCAUUGUUAUAGCUUCUUUAACGUCAGAAUGGAGUUCUGGCUGUGACUUCGGAGUUCAUCUUAUUUUUCGCAGUGAAACAAGUGCAAAGAUUUACAGUUGUUGGAAAAAUUGUGCAAAAAGUUUCCUUCUUGUCGUUAAAGUGGUCCCUUAAAUCAAACUGAUUCCUACACAAAGCAGGCUUUGAGCACGAAAAACAACGGAAAAAAUGCAUUUAUUCGAUAAGGUUCGCGAAAUCGUCAUGGUUCCCGUGUCGCCCAAAUAUCUUCGGAUUUCCACCAUCCUGAUUGCCAUCUAUAAAGUGCUGGUUGCCCAUAUUCUGUUGUUUAUAAUGCUGCUUGGUCUGGCCCACGCCGAGGAGAUGACGGCCAUUCUCGGGGCGGACAUUGCCGACCAAAAGGAGCGUGAGGAGUAUGUUUACCUUCCGACCAAUGCCAAAGGCGAGACCAUGAACCAACUUCGCUUCAAAUCGGCUGCCAAUCUGGCUUCGGUUACGUUUUGUAUGCUGUAUAUCGGUACUACUCUAGCCACAAUUUACGUUGUGAGCUGUCUCGGUUUGUUGGUCGGAACGCUACGCAAUCGGCAUGAGUUUUUCAUCCCCUGGAUGGUUGUGGACUUCUUCGGGACUCUAGUGGCCGCUUCGAUUAUGAUUGCCGUUGGCUACAACAAGAUGACCUAUUGUGUGAUUGGAAAGUGGCAAUACUGGGGCUUCUGCGCGGUGAUGACGGCUUUCAACCUAGUAAUCUGGAUGGUAGUUCGCAUGUUCUACAAGAAUCUGGUUCUCAUGACCAAAAUGCGCGAGAUAGCGGUCGUGGCCAUUCCGUGCCCUUCACCCGGAACCAAACAGGUGCCGUAUCACUACCGUAAGGAAAAUAUGCACCUGAGCGAUGGCGGCCUCAAGCAUAUACUGUUCGAUUCAAACGAGGCCAACUACUUGGUAUAAAUUCGGUUGAAUCGAAAUGAAAGCAUUAGGUCAAUUUGCGGAUUGCUUUGUGGUUGAUUUUCCACUGGAAGGAAAUGUGAUAGUAAGGCACCGAAGCUGUGAAAAGAUUGGUAAAUUUGUUGGUCAAAUUGAAAAGCUACUCGAAACACACUUUCUGCAAUUCGUUAUAUUAAAGAUAAAUCAAUUUGAUUGAAGGUAACCAUUCUAGAACCUAUCUUGAUACUUCGUAGAAAUCUAAACUCCAGAUCAAAUUUAAAGAAUACUACAAUAUUCUAGCAACACUGCUAACCUAGUGUAAUAAAAUAAAUUAUGCCUCUUAUGAAUCUCACCAAACAACAGA